AUGCUACACGUUUGGAGGCCGUCUGGGGAGGAAGCGGCGACAUUUCCCAUCGAAAGUGUAAGGAACGUCCAUGAAUUGAAGAAGCGUCUGCAGGAGCUCCUGAAGGUGCCACGAAUCCAGCAACGAAUCUUGGAUGGAGGUGUGGUCUUGGAAGACAAUGCUCAGCUGGCCUCGACUGCAGAUGUGCAGCUGGUAUUGCUUCCUUUACGCCAAGUUUCUGCGGAGGAAAGAGAUUUCUUCAUACAAGCUGUGUUUCGGGACUAUCGUCCUACCGUUGAUGACAUGUUGCGAAGCUGCCACGAUCCAAACCUGACCGGGCGCUUCCGCGACCAGCACCUGUCGCCCAUCCAUGCUGCCGCGAAAGCAGGGCACCCUAGCAUGGUGAGUUUAUUACUGGAGGCUGGGGCGCAGGACGUAUCCGACGCCGGCCACCAACCGGCUCUUGCUGCUGCUUUGGAACGUGGCGACACCCGUGUACUUCGCUUGUUGUUGGAGGCUGGUGGUGAUGUGGGCCGUGCUCUUGAAGCCGCCUCGGGGGCUGGCCAGCAGCAAGUUGUCCGCAUGUUGCUGGCGCAGCAUUCCGACCAAAUACCAACUCAGGCUUAUCAUGCCAGCCUGGUAGCUGCAUCGGCCGUCCAUGACUGUGAAAUCUUAUGGAUGCUGCUGGAGGUUGACAGGCUCGGCUUCGUGGACCGAACCUGGGCCCUCGCUGCUCGGGCUUCGGUGGUGGGGAGAUGGAAGCACUGUUCUCUAGCAAAGGGAUGGAGGCCCCGUCUUCACUUUACCAUUUGUGCAGCAGUGUUCGGCGGGGCGUACUUUGGCGAUGGCGUCACAGAGGGGGUUUUCACCUACUGCCUCCUUGUGGGUCUUACCACUUUGGUGGUUUGGGCCUUUCCCGUGGGGAUCCUGCUUUUGCUGCUUUGGGGCCGGAGAGCGGCAAGAAGGUCUCCUGCAACUUCUGCUGCUGGCGACGUCGGUUCACGCACAGAUUUCGUCAGCACGUUCUUGUAG